AUGAGCAGCCAGCCGGGCCUUCGCCGGACGGAGGCCAAGGCCUUCUUCGCCAACGAGCGCACCUUCCUCCACUGGAUGAACAUGUCGGUCACGACGGGCUCCAUCUCGGCCGCGCUGCUGGGCGUGGCGGGCCACGCGCACCGCCACUGGGGCUCCGACUUCACGGUGCGGGCGGUGGGGGUGCGGGUGCUGGCCCUCGUGAUGAUGGCCAUCUCCAUUGGCAUGGCCGUCUAUGCAGCCUUCAACUUCAAGCGCCGCGGAGACAUGCUUGUCCAGAAGCUGGACGGCCCCUACGACAACCGGGUGCUGCCGGUGGUGGUGACUGUGGUGCUCAUGACCUUCCUCACCAUCGUCUGGAUAGGCUCCAUCGUCAGCUAUAUGGAGCCCGGCAAGUGA